GGUUUAAUAAGAAACUAUUGAAUAGAUGUUGCACAAUUUCAAGUAAUCCAGGAAGCCCCAAAGUCAUAGAAUGGAUGGAUUAUAAAGAAGGAUUUUACUAACAUUGAAAUGCAGUUUUCUAUCUGGCAUCUAGAAUCCAAGGAAUCUGUAAGACUUGAAACAAGAAAAGUAGAAGACUGCCUGAGGAAAAGAAGUAGCUCAAGUUAUGAGGAACAUUAAUUUGUGGAAGCCUAAGCUACUCACUCUUCUUUCUGUUUACUGCCUAUGGAUUUCUACAGUAUAUUGUACUUUCUUGAUUAACUGUCAGAAUUUAUGUACAAGUGGCCUGGAAGGAGAGCUUGGCAAUAAUGCUUGCAAUGUUAGUGACAUCAGUGGAGCCUGUGCACAGGGAUGUCAAUUUUGGAAUACAACAGUGCAAAAAAGUUGCCCAUUGCAAUGUAAUCAGACUUACAUCAGAGCAUGUGAGAGAGUUUCCUGUAAAUUUGGCUGCAGCUGUGCAGAGGAGGCUUAUGGUGCUGAAGUACAAGGUUAUUUGAACACACCUACAGCACCAUUUGCAUCUUCCAUUGGAAGCCACAAUAUGACACUAAGAUGGAAGUCGGCUAAUAUCUCUGGCGUGACAUACAUUAUUCAGUGGAAGUACAAUCAACUCCCUGGAGACUGGAGGUAUACUGAGGUAAUAUCUGAGCAUUCGUACACAGUGGGUAACCUUCAACCCUUCACACAGUAUGUGUUUCGAGUAGUUUGGAUCAUCACAUCUCAGAUACAGCUCUAUUCUCUGUCUAGUCCCAGUUACCGGACACAUGCAUUUGGAGUUCCUCUGACAGCUCCUAUCAUUAAAGAUAUUCAAAGUGCGGGCCCUGACACCGUGGAAGUCAGAUGGUCUCCACCGCUCUUUCCCAGAGGAUUGAUUGUUGGCUAUAAUUUACUAUUAACCAGUGAAAAGCAGGAACUGCGCACAGCCUCCAGAGGUCAUAGUUUCCAGUUCUAUUCCACCUUUCCAAACACUACUUACAGGUUUACCAUUGUAGCUGUAAAUGAGGUUGGUGAUGGGCCACCUGCAGAAGCUAACAUUACUACUCCAGAACCUACAGUAAAGGAAAAAGUGAAAUGGCUCUUUCUAGCCAGAAAGCAAUCUCUAAGAAAGAGAUCCAUGGAGUUUUUCCUGGAAGCUGCAUGUUAUACAACAGAAUUUUACAGGUUUGUUCUCUCUCUUUCUCUCUCUACCAUAGGGAUUUCUGUAAACAUUUACCAGCAGGUUGUCUAUUUCUCAGAGGGAAAUUCUAUCUGGGUGAAAGGAGCUGCCAGCAUGUCUGAUGUGUCUGAUCUGAAGCUCUUUUAUGCUGGCCUGGGGAAAAUUACAUCCAUCUCAGUAGACUGGCUUUAUCAGCGGAUGUACUUUGUCAUAAAUGGAAAGGUAUGUGUCUGUAAUUUAGAGAACUGCACAGUUGUGGAAGAUCUUACUUCUCCUUCUAUUACCUCCCCUAAGAAAAUUGUAGCUGAUCCAUAUAAUGGGUAUGUCUUUUAUCUACUGGAGGAUGGAAUUUAUAGGGCAUGCCUCCCAGUCUAUCCUGGACAGGUCCCUGAAGCUUUGCCAAUUGUGAGAAUCAGUGCUCUGAAAGACUUUGUGAUAAACUCUCAGUCCAAAAGGCUAAUUUACUUCAACAAAACUGAUCAAUCCUUUGUGUCCAGCUUUCUGGAUGGUUCUGAAUUUAACAUACUGCGACCUCAAGUUUCAUUUAAAGACAUAGAGAGCUUUAUUUAUGAGAACAAAACAUUCAUUGUCACGGAUGGCAGGGCAGUUUUCCGUGAGGAGCUGUCUCCAGCUGGAAUCAAAGCCUUUAAUGAAUUUAUGGUGGAUUGUGAUUUUACCCAUGUCGAUUAUUUUGGAUACAACAAUUUGCUUUCUUACGGAGCAGCAACCCAGCCUUAUCCUUUGCCAGCUCAUCCUCAGCUGGUCACGGUGCUGUUUGGAUCAGACCAUGCUGUGAUCUGCUGGAGACCACCUGAACUUACCAUUGGAACCAGUUCUUCUGCCUGGCAGAAUUGGACUUACAUUGUGAAGGUAUCGGACCAGCAUCAGGCCCGUGAGGCUCUGGUUGUCUCUAACAUCAGUGGCACUAGGUUUACAAUGAAAGAGCUGGUCUUCUCCACUGCGUUCGAGGUGUCAGUGAGAGCUGUAUCUCCUGCUGGGGAAGGACCAUGGACAGAGCCUUUUAGGGGCACCACUUUAAAAGAAGUUGAAGAAGAACCUUAUAUCUUGGCUGUGGGAGAUGGCGGACUUUGGAAGCAGCCAUUGGAUAAUUUUGGGCCAGGAGUAUUCCUCUCUCCUGAUAUAAGGAAUGCCUCAGACAUAGACUGGUAUAAUGACACUCUUUACUGGAGCAACUCAACAGGGGAAGUUCAUAUGUGGUCGCUGAGCAGAACAACAGGUGCCAUUGAGAUGUCUCAUAUAUCUGACAUCAGAAAAGCAAGGAUAGUGGCCUUUGAUUGGUUGGGCCAGUACUUGUACUGGGCUGGCAAAGCAAAUAUGAUCUACAGAAAAUCACUGCUGGUAGGACACGUAGAUGUUGUGGUGCAUGCUGCAUUCCCGGUGAAGGAUCUUGUGGUUGAUGCAAUCAAUGGCUAUCUGUACUGGGCCACAACUUGCUCUGUGGAAAGCACCAGACUGAAUGGGGAGAACUACCGUAUGUUACAAGAGCAGCCCCGGUUUUCUGGUAAACAGGUAAUUGCUCUAACCUUGGAUCUCAGUGAUGGCUUCCUCUAUUGGCUUGUGCAAGACAGCCUGUGUCUAAAUCUGUACAGAGUAUCACUUUGUGGAGAGAGUUGUGGUGAUGCCAUAGUCACUGAAUUUGCAGGAUGGAGUUCUUCAGAAGUAUCCUACAGUGCACUGCUGUAUUAUAGUGGACGGCUGUUCUGGAUUAAUGGCUAUCGGUUCCUUACGAUACAAGAAAUUAAUCAGAGUAUUAACAUCCCCUUUUCGCAACCAGCAGAAUUUGCAACUUUUACCCUAGUUCAGAGGUCACUCAAACCUCUGCCAGGCAACUUUUCCUCCCCACCCAGGGUGAUUCCAGAAUUAAUUCUGGAAUCUUCCUUUAGAAUCGAAGGGAAUUCUUCACAUUUUCACAUCCUUUGGAAUGCUUCCAUCCCUGUGGAAUGGGGCACUGUCUUCUACUGCGUGGAGUCCAAAGUUCUACAGACCAGGCUUGUCGACAGUCAACGCUGCCUGCCUCCUCAGAGUCUCACAGUGCCAUCCUACAAAGUUGAAGGGCUGGAGCCCUAUAUACUGUUUGAUUUUACAGUGACUCCUUAUACCUACUGGGGGGAAGGACCUUCAACAUCCAUAUUCCUUCGAGCCCCUGAAGAAGUUCCUUCAGCACCUGCAAAUCCCAGAAUCUAUGUGUCACAUGGUGCAUAUGAAGGCAAACACAGAGCCUCAGUAGAAUUUAGGUGGAAUAAACCGAAGACAGAAAAUGGAGUAUUAACAAAGUUCAGAAUUUACUAUCAAAUAUUAAAUCAAAGUGGCACAAAUGAGACAUUUACAGAAUGGAAUAUAAGUGAUGUUACACCCUCUUUGAUGUCCUUUUCACUCCAAGAUGUGCUUCCCAGGCUGACAGUGAGGUUUCAGGUGCAGGCCUUCACAUCAGCUGGUCCAGGACCGCUAUCUAAUAUAGUAGAAGCUAACUCAUCAGAUCUUUUUCCAGUUCCAACUCUGAUAACUAUUUCUGCCAACACGUUAGUCAUUACUGACAUAGACAGAAAUCAGACCAUCCAGAGCCUUUCAGCAAAAGGAGGUAUAAAAGUUGUCUGUUACACUGCUGAUGACGAGACAAUGUAUUAUAUCCAGGAAGAUUCCCUUUUUCUUCUGAACGUACAGAAUAAUUCCAGGCUUCAGCUUUUCAGACAUGGAUUUCUCCGAAAUGUCACAGCUAUUACAAUUGACUGGAUUGCAAGACACCUCUUUUUUUCCUUGAAAACAUCACAGAAAGGAACUCAAAUACUACUUAUGGAUCUUGAACUCAAGGCAAAAUCUCUUAAAACUUUGAACGUUCAGUCAAGUAACCAAUAUUUAACUAUAUCAUCUCUCUCAACAUAUCCUUUCUUAAGCCGUCUGUAUUGGAUGGAAACCUUUGAUUCAAGCAGCAGGAUAUUUUAUGAUGAUAUUGUGAAUAACACCAUGCACCACAUUUUGGGACACGAGAUAAGAAGAAGCCACUGCAGUUGCAAUGUGACCAAAACAGAGCUUGGCAGAGCAAUGACUAUAGAUAUGUCUGAUUCUAAGAAAUCCCAGAUUUUCUUUAUCAAAGGAAGGGAUGAAAUCUGGGUCUCAGAUAUAGAUGGAUGCCACUGCUGGAAAGUGAUCAAUGUUCCUAAUCUUCAAGACAUGACAAUUGGCAGUUUGACUGUUGACAGACUGUUUAUAUACUGGACGGUUGUAGCAAAGGACUAUACGGCAAUUUAUCAAGCAAAUAAAGAAAGCAAAAUCCUCUUUUUUCAGGAAAGAACACAGGAACAGGUGCAAAUCUUAGCAUAUAGCACAGCCAUGCAGCCCUAUCCAGAUAAAGGGUGCCUGACCUUAGCUUCACAUGCCGAGAAACCUACUAUUCUCAAUAUUACAAACACCAGUUUUACAGUUUGCUUACCGCCUAUCAAAACACAACUUCACUGCACUGGCAUAACCCUCCCUACUCCAACAUACCUGGUUUACUAUGGAAAAGUUACUAAUGAUCUCAGGAGCUCAGCCCGCUGUAUGUCUGGCCUACAUUGUACAGUCAUGGAACUUCAGGAAAAUACAGCACUUAUUGAAGGCCUACAGCCAUUUUCAAGUUAUGUGAUACAAGCUGCUGUAAAAAACUAUUAUUCAGAUUCUUCGGAGCAGCCACCUUUGGGGAAAGAGACCAUUGGCAAAACUCUUUAUGGAGUACCAGAGGCAGUUAACAUCAUUGAGACAGUGGUUCUGUCUGAUAACACCAUCAAGAUAUCUUGGAAUGAAUCUUCACAGCCAAAUGGACCCAUAGACUCUGUCCGCUAUCAAAUUGCUAUCAACUUUUUACCACCAAUUCCUGCAACUCCUUUGAGAAAAAAUGAAUUUCCAAAUGGAACACUUGCUUGGUCUAUUAGCAGCCUCCAUGGUGGAACAUGUAACGUAUUCAAGGUUCUUGCCUUUCACCCCGAGAAGAACUGGUUUUCUGAGAGUGCCCUAGUGUUGGCGGAAACAUUUGAGACUCCACCAGUCCCAGUUAAUAUAACUGCCAGCAACACCAGUUGUGAGUUAGAAUGGAGGUCUCCUUUGCAAGGCAACAUAACCAGCUUCUGGUUUGAAUUGCAGAAGUGGCAAACCAAAAAUGACUGGUUUUGUCCUGUGAACAUCACCUGUACAACUGGUCCCCUGUACAAGUGUCAUCUCAUGGGUGUUCGUCCUAACACCAACUACUUUGUGCGAGUAGGAGUCGUUUACAUAACUGGAGCAAAAAGCACAUCAACUCCAGGAAGCUUUAAAACUAGGGCUGGAGUUCCAGGUAAACCGGGAAUCCCCAAAAUAGCAGAGGAGAAUAAAAAUUCUAUAGAGUGGGGAAAAGCCGAAGACAAUGGAAGCUCUCUUACCUACCACAUUUUAGAAAGCAGGAAGGGGUCCAAUAACACAAGCAAAAUGAAGCCUUCUUGGAAGGUGGUUUACAAUGGCUCUUGCAGCAGUGUGUGCAUGUGGAAGGCCAAGAACUUAGAAGGGACUUACCAGUUUCGAGCAGCAGCUGCAAAUAUGCUGGGACUGGGUGAAUACAGUGGCAUCAGUGGCGAUAUAGUGUUGAUUAAAGACUCUACAUCCGAAGGGGAGGCAACCAUCAUCAUAGCUGCUGUGACUGGAGCGAUUGCAUUCAUCUUAAUGGUGACUGCACUGUUUGCUUUUGGCUGGCACAGAAGAUGGAAGCUAAGAAAGUCUGCACAGCAUGGGCAGACAGUGCUUGUCAGGGAAGAUAAAGAAUUAGAUCAACUGCGGGGUCUGGCUGAUGUGGUAGGAUUGUCUAAUGCCUGCUACGCUGUAAGCACUCUCCCUACUCGGGCUGAGAUUGAUUCCCUGCCAGCCUUUCCUCGGGACAAACUGAAUUUGCAUAAUCUGCUGGGAAGUGGAGCCUUUGGUGAGGUGUACGAAGGGACUGCAGUAGAUAUUACAGGAGCUGGAAGUGGGGAGUCCAAAGUGGCUGUGAAGACUUUAAAGAAGGGUGCGACAGACUAUGAAAAGAGUGAGUUCCUGAAGGAGGCACAUUUGAUGAGCAAAUUUGAUCACCUCCACAUCCUGAAAUUACUUGGAGUUUGUCUGAUGAAUGAACCCCAGUACAUUAUCUUGGAACUGAUGGAAGGAGGAGAUCUACUCAGCUACUUACGAGGAGCAAGAGGACAAAAGUUCCAAGGUUCUUUGCUAAAAGUGGCUGACCUUCUGACUAUAUGUCUGGAUAUUUGCAAAGGUUGCGUCUAUUUGGAGACAAUGCACUUCAUUCACAGGGACCUGGCAGCUCGUAAUUGCCUUGUGUCAGUGAAGGAAUAUACCAGUCUCUUCCGAAUAGUGAAGAUUGGGGAUUUUGGACUUGCUAGAGAUGUCUAUAAAAACGAUUAUUACAGGAAAAGAGGAGAAGGGCUGCUUCCUGUGAGAUGGAUGGCACCUGAAAGUCUUAUUGACGGUGUGUUUACUAACCGAUCUGAUGUAUGGGCUUUUGGAGUCUUGGUUUGGGAAACGUUAACCUUGGGUCAUCAGCCGUAUCCAGGUUAUUCCAACCUUGAUGUUUUACAUCAUGUGCGAUCAGGAGGGAGGCUGGAGUUGCCAAAAAAUUGUCCUGAUGAUCUCUGGGACUUAAUGACAAGAUGCUGGGCCCAAGAACCUCUCCACAGGCCAACAUUCUGUUGUAUUCAGGACCAGCUGCAAGAACUGAGUAACUCUCCUAUGUUCUUCACUCCCCAGCUUGAGGAGAGCAUGUCUAGUGGAGUCCUCAACCAAGCCUUUGAAGAUGCAGAUGGUGAUGCCCCAUCUACUGGUUCACAAAGUACUAUUUCAGCGACUUUAAUGGAAUCCAGGAACGUGGAAGGCUUAAAUUAUUUGGUACUAGCCACAGAAAGCAGCCAAGAUCAGAAAACAGAGAUUCAAACGAGCUGAAUGAAAUCUGAUUCCUUCAGUCUGAGGAAAGAAGAGAAGGCACCACGUGCAGAUGAAGAAAUAAGCAAAGGAAAAUAUCCUGCACUCUGCCAUACUUUCAGCGAUCCUGAAGGUGUGAACUAUGCCUCUGAUCAUGACAAAUGAUCCGAUAGGGUUAUUUUCAGGUUAAGCACCUAGCAAGCAUGUGCCUGAUGUCAAAAUUAGAGAUGUCCUUUGAGGUUUUAUUUAAAAAGUGUAACGACUGAAAAUACUGGAAAAUAUUGUGAAGAUAGAUCAGAAUAGUAACCCAAGGACCUAGGAGUUCUUUGAGAAUUACUGAAUUUUAUGACCAUGUGGGUAUUUCAUAUGAGCUAGGUUAAUUGGACAUGUCAUCAGAUAAGAAGUGAUUUUACUGUGGCAUUAAUUAACUUCAACUCUCAAUCUAAAAUGUUGCGUUUUUACUAGAAGAUGAAGUUUUAGCAUAUAUCCAAUCAUGCUCAAAAGAGAGCAAUGAUAUGCUCUUACAUAUAAUUCAGGGUGACAUACAUGUGGCUUGUGUGCCACCGUAUUACAGUUCACGUGUGGCUCUUGCAGUCCCCUCAAGCUCUCCUAUUUUCUGCCUACCAGACUGGAGAGGAGGUGAGCUAGAGGCUUCUACCUGGUCGUGGGAUGGUGGGGUUAUGGAGUUCUCCCCAGCAGGAAGGGGGAAGCCCAUUGACUGCAUCACUGUGCUCCGGGCUUCAGUCCUGCAGGCGAUGCCUUCUGUGGCUUGAAGCUUCAGCAAGAGCAGAGCUGAAGCCCCACCACCAUGUCACCCAUUGGAAGUCCUGAGCCCUAGCAGGUGUGCCCAGCUCUUCUCAAGUUUAUCGUAUGCAAUUCAGAGGGUCAGUAAGUUUGGCCACCCCGAUAGACUUAUAAAGCUGGUUCUCACUGGCUUAUGUCAACAACGUCACCUGACAUUUGGCCCACAUUUAGAUUUUUGUAAAAACAAACUUUUGCAAAAGCGUAAGAAAAAUGGCAGUGUUUUUAUUACUUUAAUUUUCUGAAAUUCCAUUUGAAAUAGCUGUAACUGGAAGUCAGCCCACAGAUUGUGCCUCAUUUAUUUUACUUCUUAAUUUAAUAUUUUAUUUCUUAAUUUAAACCCAUUAAGUUGUGCACUAGUUUAUCUGUGGAUCUGUCUGAUCCUAUUUUUUAUUACUUUUGUCUUCUCUCCUCCUUUUUUUGUCAUAAUUAUUGUCUUGUUUCAUUAGGUUGUAACCUUUUCAGGGCAGUGGCUUACAAUGUUUUAUACUGUGGAUAGCACCAAUGGGGCUAUACAGGGCAUGGGAUGAUUCAGGAGUAUGACACAUCCAGUUAACAGAUCCUGCUGCAAGAACUUAGAUUAGCAGACGUCUCUACUUUUGAAAUUAAAUCAAACUGCUUGACAAGUUUUCCAAAUGGAAUGUACUGAAUAAAAAACAUGGAUAGUCAGUUGGAACCAUGAUUAUAAUUGAAUAAGUUACAGUUAUUAAAUAGCAUCUCUUGCAUUAUUUAUCAAUUGGUUAUUACAAUAGACUGUUUUCAUGCCAAUAUAUUGUAAUAAAGGAUGUAGGAAAGAAAGAAAUAACAUAUGGUACGUGGGCAGAGUUGUUUGGAAACAAAAGGCCUGAUCCUCAGCUAGCAUGUACCUCCAAAAAGUCUGGCUCAGAAUGUUUGUUAAAUGAGUGGA